CAAGGUGUGCACUUGAGACAGGUAGUCCGUCGAAACUCGUCACGAAGGACACACCGUUUUCUCAUACGAAUCGCGAAGAAAAUUAGACCGCGAGUCGCGGUGCGCUUCGUGCAACAUCGCCAUGCGUGCGUUUAACGCUGUCUACAUCGGUAUCUCGCCGUGAUAAGAAGUCGCGACAGCGAGCUGUCUUUUCCGAUUUUCCUCUGAAGUCGAUCGAGAAGGUGCGAUGAGCGCAGCGCGAGCCUGGUGCGUGAUCUUCGUGGUGGUCGCCGCAUGCACCUGCGGCGCACGCACGGAAUGCAGCGAGGCCGCGCAAAUUUCAUUCCUGACGAGUGUGCACGACGACCCGUCGUGCACCAAACUGUCGACCAAGGGCGUUAUGCUGUACGAGGCCGCCGGGCUGCUCGCCGAGGCUCACAACAAUCGGACCGACGAUUUUAAGAUCGAGAUCACCGUUUUGGAUACUUGCGGUAGCAUAACAGGUGCUCUAAAGGCGGCCCUGAAGGCUCUCGUGUGGGCGAAUAUCAACUGUUUGCAUCCACCUCAUUACUUAGGAAUUAUCGGGCCGGACACCACGACCAAUGCCGAAGCGGUGCACAAAGUGACCUCGAUAUUGAAGGUGCCGCACAUCGUUAAGAAGCCGUCGGUCUCGUCGUAUUUACAUCCUUUGGCGGAGGAAUCAAACUCCUACGUGGUGCAGGCAAUUUUGGCAGUGAUAGACGCCCUGAGAUGGCGGUCUUUCACGUUGGUGGCCAACGUGGACGACGAGAACGACGACGACGUGCAGAAUCUCGCGAAGAAACUGACGAUGAGCGCCGUCGCCAGGGACUUGUGCGUCAUAGUCCACGACAAUGACGAGAAAGGUUACACGUCGCAUGUCGUGCAUAUCGGCGAGCCGGAGGAGAAGUUCCUCCGCGAAUCCGCGAACGUGACUGUGUUAAUUGUCGACGAGGGCAGCUCGCGGGACCGCUUGAGUCGCAUAAAUUCCAGCAACAACGUGCUGCUGCUGCUGCUGAUGCUGGAGGACUCCAGAAAUGUAAUCAACGGUUUGGAGCGGAGAAUCGAGAGUUCGCAGUGGUGGGCGUCCGAGAACGCUCGUGGAAAGUACGACGCCGAAGAAUUGAGGCAAGUCAGAUGGCUCGAGGACGCCGUAGGAAUUUACACGAAAGCUCUCAAAGCAUUGUGUAAGAACAAGAAAUGCAAGAACCAGAUUAAUCCCUUGGACUGGAACCACAUGGUGUCGAGCGUCUUAAUGGCGCACAACGUGGAAUCGCAGGCUGCGCCGAGGUUCCUCGAUCUGUCCAUGAGGAAGAAGACGGGCGACUUGGAGCGUCUGGGUAGCGUGAUCGUUCGCAAGGACAAGGCGAGAGUUUAUUGGGGCGAACAGAGUGGAGUGUCCCAGGAGAGAGACACGAAAGAAGCCGGAGGUAACGACGAUACGACGGCGGAAGACAACUACGAAGACGUGCCGUUCGCGUUCAGGGAACUCCUGAAUCGAGGGAAUGAACCGCGAUCGGGAUGCGCCGUCAAGGAGAUCAAGAUGGUGCACGAGAAGGACAACGAAACGACGCAAGUUCUCGUCUCGGGAAUGGACGACAACGAGUGGUGGACGACGGUGUGCACAGUGAGCGGUGUGGGAGUUGCGAUGUUCCUGAUGGGUAUCCUCGCCGUUUACGUUAUCUACACGAAUAUACGGAGUUCGCGGUGUCCCAAAGGUAAGGAUCAACUGGACAGGGACACCACCCUGCGAAGAAUGAGCAACGACCAGGAGUUACCGACGACCGUAACCGUCCGCCAUCAGCGAGCGUUGCGAGUGCUGCAAAGAACGGACAGCGACAGGACUACCAUAUCCGAGAAGAGCGUGUGAUGUCCCAGCGGCGUCGGGGGUUGGUGACUCGCGUGAAUAAUAAAUGAAACAAACGCUCCCUGGUCUCUCCUGUUCUGUCCCAGCGAAAGACAGAGCCGCGAGUAACAUGUUUUUCGAGGUAAAAACGCGAAGUCAGCUUGUCGAUAAUAUAGUUCUUGAUUCAUUAGUCACGUUAAUUGCGUACGCACGAGCAUUCGAGAUUGUGUUGGACAAAUAAAUGGCUCGUCAAGUCUUUUAAACGAACUCCGAAAUGAAUCCCAAAAUUGCUAAAGUGAAGGGUAAGAUCACUCUCCCGAAGCGAAUCUAAAUUUAUUCCAAGUUAAUUGUCGGCGAAUGCACAGCUUAUUGCUCGUUGGAAGCCGCAAGUUUGCGGUUUCGUCGUUCUCGUGCGGUUGCUCGACGGCGCGUCGCGCCACUGCCUGUCAUCAGCGAAAAUUGUCCUUCGUCUUUCCCUCGAGUUUACCGUAGGAAACAACAGAAUGAAAUUUCCGGCAUGUGUGGAAGCUCACGUGCGUUAGUGUGCGGCAUGCACACACAAUAGGGGGAGGUUACCGCGGAUGUGACAGAUUAAGAUGGUAAAAUGGGGUUAUGCCCGACUGGAUGGGUGGAUAGAUACCAGCUAUUGUUCUUGCCACUUGACGCAAUCAGAGAGUCAAUUAAGGUUGCGUAACACGCAAAAUAUCCACCUAACGCGUCGCGGCCGUGCAAGAUAAUCAGAUAUGGGUUCUCCGGCAGAAAACGCGACCCGCCGAUGCGCGAACGUGUCGUGCGAAAAGUACGAUGCACUUACGCCGAUCAUACAGGAUAACCGUCACGAAAUGUUUGCGUUGCGUGCGUUGGGUGUACGAGACUGCAGCGGCUUGCAAGACGGGCUCAGACACGAUGAAGUUGGGAGCACGCCAAACUUCAGAAAUUCAGAAAAACUUCAAAAUUCAGAGAUUACGGAGAAACUUACACAUACGUCUAAAAUCGGGAGAUAAGAUAUCUUAAAGACAUCUUAAAGACGUCGGAAUAUAAGAUAUCUCUAAGACGUAUUUAAAACGUCUGUAAGGUAUCUUAAGUUUAGAUCUUAGACAUUAUGCUGUGUUAAUGUUAUGGAAAUGGAAAUGGAAAUGGAAAUUUUAUGGGAACACUUAAGCAAUAAUAAUGUCAUUAGUAAUAUGAUUAAGAAUAUUAAAUAAUAGUAAGCAGUAAAAAUAAAUAAUAAUAAGAACAAUUAAUGAAUAAAUCCGUCACAAUAAUGACUCUCAGCGUUGGCAGUUUGUUGUGCUCCCAAUUUCAUUACAUCUAAACCGUUUUGCAACCCACUAUGAGUGUGUUCGCGAAGAUGCUAUUUAGCAUUACGUAAUGCUACGGACUGUUCGCGAAGCUAAGUGGUAUCAAACGUUAUCCUGAUGCCACUAACGGUAACGUUCUACGUCAUAAUUACGCGCUAUUAAUGCUCUUUUUUGUAGUGUAUUAUUAGCUACUAUUCAUGGACUUCGAAGUCACUAUCGCUAUCGCACUAUUGACUUCGUGAACAGCGAAGUUUCUUGAUAGCGUCUGCGUCUGCGUUUGCACUGUUAAAUAUUGGAGGGUCAGAUUUAAACCAAUUUCUUGAGUUAAAUAAUAUUUAGUUAUUUUUAA